AUGACUGCAAUGCGAGGGUCGUCGUACAGCACAGGCGUCGCCGAGAUUUAUAGCAUCGGGUCGUGUGAUAGAGUGGCGCUGUCAAAGUGCGACAGGUACUGGGCGGGAGGGCAGUUCUUCCCCCCCGGCGCAGAGGACUCGUCGAACGCGUCUCGCUCCGUCCUGCUGGGCACGGCGUCGCCUCAGGGCCAAGGUCCCCUGUGGCUCCCCUGGGGCGGCGCCUGGGGGGCUCCCGGGGCGGCGCCUCAGCAAUCGCAGGCCGCGACUCCGGGGGAAGGCAACGCGGCCAACAGCGGGGAGAAUAACCAGGGUGGCGAGGAAACUCAAGCGCAAGUCACCGGCGUCCUCCUGCGUCCCUUCCUCCCCCGGGGCCUGGAGAGCCGCCUCGGGUUCCGGCGCCAGCACGCGGCGUCCCAUCACAGCCGCCGCCCGCUCUCCGACCCUGGGGUGGCCCUGCAGCUGCCUCGGUACCCGCCGCCCUUCACCGAGGCCUAUUUACCUCCCAUGGCUUAUCAGGAAGCCUUCCCGCGCUACAUGUGGGGCCCUCCUCCGCCAUAUUCCCAGCCCACGUCGUCCGAAAACCUAACCAUGCAGAUGUCCCCGCAUCACCACCCCAACUCGCCCACGUCCCCGACAGCGCUUCAGGGCCUGGUGGCGCAGGCGAUCAGGUCCUCGCCCGCUCACCGGCCUCCCACCCUGGCCGACCUGAUGCACGGGCCGGCCAGCCCCACCAGCAACACCCUCUCCUCCCCCAGUGACGACUCGGAAGUCCUCAGCUCCCCGGCGCAGAACCAGCGCCCGGGACGCAGUCGGCACAAGGGCGGCACGGCGGAUCAGGGAGGCACUCUGGGCGGCUCCAGCUCCCUCCCUUCUCGCCACCGCACGCGAAGGCUGCCCUUGGGACACGUCAAGUCACUCGGAGAUGUGAAUGAACACAAACACGACGAGCCUCUUGAAGUUCUGUUUUGUGAUGGCAAAGACAUUACACCGCUUGAUAAGUUCCACACUCAGGCGGACGUUCAGCGCGAGGGGUACCGUAGCAAGCACAUUAAGAGCAUUAGUGAUCCUAAAGUGGUUUACACAAGUGGGAAAAUGGAACAAGAAUCUGAACUGUAUUUUGCUGAUGUGUCUUCUUGUGUUUCAGUGAGACAAGAUGGUGAUGAAACUUUAUAUUACUCAGAGCCAACCAGUUCAGCAAGUCAGAACACACCUUCUCCAAGUGAUAAAGACAUUUUAGACGCCUCUGUAAAUCACACAUACGAACAGGUCCGGGAAAAAGAUGACGAUAGUUCACAUCACGCCUCUGACGAUACUAUGAUCGUCCACACAUCUUCGUCAGACCAUAGCCUUGCUGCAGAAACUGAGAAUACCUACAGUGUUGUUUCUCCUCUCACAGACAUGUCCAGCACUUCACCCAUGAUUACUGACACAGAUGCCUAUUCAUGUUACACUCCCACUACAUCAGGUCCCUCUCCUUCAACGCCAAGCCAGAGGGAGAUGACACCCACAACCCCUCAGUCAACUUUCAACCAUAAUUUAACCCUCCAUCCACUCAGGCAACUACACCCUCUACACCCUCUUCACCCUGUCCACCAUAUCCACCACAUACACCCAGGAGGAAGGACUCAUGUUAAUGACAAUGAUCUGCCACAGUCAGCGGAGCCUGAUGGCGAUCAGGAGGUGGAGCACUGUUAUGAAACUCUUCCCGGGUGCGAGGCGGAUUCCGCUAGUACGCCAGUGACCUCGACCUCCAUGGAGACUCAGCAGGAAGCCUCGCCAAUGCAAGACGCAUCAGACCUUAACGGCAACGUUACCCUCACAGAAGCUAUUGUUCACAUGGGGCCUUCUCUUACCGAUAGCGCAAUUCCUAGCUUACCGAGUGCUUCGAGACCUUCCAGGGCAAACUUGUCACUGCCUCUUCGUCGUGUCCUUUCCUCCUCAAAUGCCCACACGGAAGAAGCCGCGGAAGACACCCCGACGCCCGAUACCGAGAUGCUUUCUCUGGAGCAAGGGCGGAGCGCAGGCGGCCGGCGCUCUGGAGGGGUUGAGAGGAUGUCAUAUCAUAGUUCGGAGCCAAACACGCCGGCGGAACGGAGAAUACACUCUGUCCAGGACCUUUUGCUUACUCUAAAAUCUGUGAAUGUUUAAAGGCUACAGAGUAAGCUCAAUAGUAUUUAUUAAGCUACACAUUGCAAUGUUCAUGUACUUUUUUUUUCUUUUUUCUUUUUUUUUUUUGUGAGGAAAGUUCCAUUAUAUUAAGUGUUGGAAACUAUGAUGGAUACACAAGUUCAAAAGAUUAUCGUUUUCAAGAUCUAAGCAAGGCAAGACUAUAUGGAUUCAAAGUAUGAUUGAACAACUAUGCAAUUCAUGUGUUCCACUUCUUGACUACAUGUGCAACAUUUGGAACACUUGAGUGUGGGAAGAAAAAUUCCAGAUUCUUAGAUUUCUUAGGUUCACAAUAUUACCUGAAACGACAAUUAGAAUAUAUUUUCCACACACGUACACAUACAUGCAACUUUAAGCCAGAAGCACAGUAUAAUUAUAGGCGAAUCAGGUGCAAAGAAUAUUAUUCCAUUUUAUGAUACCAUUUGAUGAUAAUUUAAAGCUUUCUCAUUUAGUAAAAUGUGCUAUAUUCUAUGAUUCAGUUGUACUUGUUUGAAUUGUGCAAGCAGACAUUAAAUGUAGCUUUUCACAGUCUCAAAAGACAGGCGUUGAUGAUGUAGAUAUGAAACAAAUGAUAGCACUGCUGCUUCCAUCUUUUUCAGACAGUUAAAUCUAGAGUAGCUCAGGAACUUCACAUGAUAUUACUACUGUUCUGAUUGCAUUCACUACCACUAAAGGAGAUUGUAUUUGUUGGUAUAGUUUUUUGGGCAUGAAUGAGCACAGGCUGUUAAAUAGAUUGUGAUACUCGUGAAGAAAAAUGCUGUAGUGCUGUACAAUAAACCAGUUAAUAAUGCAGAUGCUUUUACAAUAACAGGCACUGGCAGGAGAAUAUACACCAAAGUUCAUUUAUAUAUUUGGUUCAACAAAGUCCUUUUUUUCUCAAAUUAUCAUAGGUACCAUAUGCAGUGAUGAAAUUAGAAAUAGGGCAAAUCUGUUGUAGGUGGGGGGGAAAUAGGAAGCACAUAUUAGAAAAAAUGACCUGAAGACUUGAGUUCUAAGAGCACCUUCGUGUAUUGUCAGUAAACUGUCUUAUGAUGUGCAAUAUAUUACUUUAAAAUAGAGAAAUUAGGAAUUUCAGUAUAAGAUUAAAAACGGUAGUAAAAGUGCUGUAAUUAAAAACUGAGAUGGAGCUAGUCAGAUAUUGGUGUUAAUAUGAGAGUUACUACCACUGGAGUAGGGAUGAUAAUGUUAUUGUUUUUUUAUAUAUAUUCUGAAAAAGUGAAAUUCACAAACUUUCAAACACUGCAGUGCUUUGAAUUGAAUUCAGUACUGAUGCUCAUUUUAAUACCAUCUGAGGCAUUAGUUGGACAAAGUGAUAUGUAAUAUAAUAGAAUAGGUACUUUGCAAUAGUAUAACAUUCCAAUACGUGGCAUUAUAGGAAAACAAUCUUUAUUGUAAUAACUCUCUUUUUUGUGUCUUUAAUUAAACAAACGUGCCAGAGAACUUGUAUGUCACAUGCACUGUGUUUACGAAGCCAGGGAAUGAUAAAUUUAAACUUCCGUACAAACUAUUUCGAGCACAAGUAGAGGCACACGUAGAAAAUAUGCCCUAAAUAUAAAAUCCUUCCUGAGUAUUUGAAGGUACGGUUACAAAUCAAUUUAUCUACAGUAAAAUGAGCUUUAUUUUGCUUGCGGAUGUUACUUCUGAUUCCUUGAAAUAUCUCAGUUUUCAAAAAGGGGAGUAAGAAAAAUCAGAAGAAGAAUUUCCAUACUGCAGGUCAUGGAAGAGAAAUCUUUGCUAAUGACAUACACAUUAGGGUAUAGUAAUAAUGCUGCCUGUCUGUAUACUUGACAGCAUUGCUAUAUGCACACUGCUAUCUUGUUAUUAUAUAUUUACUUGUAUUAUCAAGUUUUGUUCAAGCUUUUAUCUUUGUGGCAAAGAUUAUUGUCAUUGUUGUUAUUUGUCUUGUUACUUUGAUUAUUGUUGUCUUCUUAUUAUGUUUGUAAUAAUGAUAACUUUUAUUA